AUGGUGCGCCUCUCCACUCCCAGUCGAUUCAACGCCCUCUUCGACAUCACCAAGAUUGUUCAAUCACUUCGAUCACGAUCGACGCAAGAUUUCAGAAUACCACAAGUCUCCAGCAGCAUCCUCUAUGUACACCCUUGUAUCACGCCUCCAGAUCCACUACUGGGACAGACGUGUAUAAUCGCCAUUCAGCGCCAUUCUCUUCCUCUUUGCUGCCUCCGUGCCGUUCAACUACGUGUGCUCGUCCUGUGCAGCAGCCACGGCGCUGGGCGGCAAACAAGUCAAAGCUCUGAGGUCGUACUUAAGCAACGACACGAGUGUAUCCUCCUACGUUCUCGCUUAAAUACGUUGCGUGAUGGUAACGCCAUCGCUGCCCGUGGCUUUGAAAGUUUGAUGAAGCCGAGGCUCCCAGCACUCUCCAAAAAUGCUUCCGCCGUCGCUGCUGGCCGUUGUCCUUUGCGACCUUUGUCGCCGAGAUGA